UUUUUUUUUUUUUUUUUUCCCCCCCGGAUGGGGGCGAACUUUGCGCCCCGCAGAGGUUGAUGUCGGGCAGCCCGUCCGACAACGGCGGCGUGCGCACGCUGGCGCCGCCGACCGUGGAGUUCGUGGCGCUCACCGCCGUCCACGCGGAGCGCAGCGAGCCGUCCACCCCCGAGCGCGGCUUGCCGUCGCACCGAACCGGGCUGCUGGGCACGCCGCUGCCGGGACCUCCGGGCCCCCGGGGGGCCGGCGCGUCCCUGACCGCCAAGCGCUUCCGAAAGCUGCAGAACUACAUGUACAACGUCCUGGAGCGGCCGCGGGGCUGGGCCUUCGUCUACCACGUCUUCAUUUUUCUGCUGGUCUUCAGCUGCUUGGUUCUGUCCGUCUUCUCCACCAUCCCCGAGCACCAGGCCGUCGCCAACCAGGGACUCUUCAUCCUCGAGUUUGUCAUGAUCGUGGUUUUCGGCCUGGAGUACUUCAUCAGGAUCUGGGCGGCGGGGUGCUGUUGCCGAUAUCGCGGCUGGCAGGGACGGCUGCGCUUCGCCCGCAAGCCCUUCUGCGUCAUCGACUUCAUCGUGUUCGUGGCCUCGCUGGCGGUGAUCGCGGCGGGCACUCAGGGCAACAUCUUCGCCACGUCGGCGCUACGCAGCAUGCGCUUCCUGCAGAUCCUGCGCAUGGUGCGCAUGGACCGGCGGGGCGGCACCUGGAAGCUGCUGGGAUCUGUGGUCUACGCUCACAGCAAGGAGCUGAUCACGGCGUGGUACAUCGGCUUCCUGGUGCUGAUCUUCGCCUCCUUCCUGGUCUACCUGGCCGAGAAGGACAACACCGACUUCAGCAACUAUGCGGACUCCCUCUGGUGGGGGAUUAUAACGUUGACCACCAUCGGUUACGGCGACAAAAUCCCCCGCACGUGGCAAGGUCGCCUCCUGGCGGCCGGUUUUGCCCUCCUGGGCGUGUCCUUCUUCGCCCUGCCCGCCGGAAUUCUGGGCUCGGGUUUCGCCUUGAAGGUUCAGGAGCAGCACCGACAGAAACACUUUGAGAAGAGACGAAUGCCCGCCGCCAACCUCAUCCAGGCGGCGUGGCGGCUCUACUCCACCGACGCCAAACACUCGUACCUGACGGCCACCUGGUACUUCUACGACAGCAUGCUGCCCUCUUUCAGAGAACUGACGCUACUGUUCAGUCACCUCCAGCGGCAGCGGAACGCCGCCAGGAGGGCGCCGCCGCCGCCGUACAGCGCCAACUUCCACCACGCGCCGCUGUCAGGGCUGCGGCCCUACGGCGCCCCCUAUAUGUCGGGGGACAGGAGGCCCGAAGCGCCGCGCAGUCAAGUCCUCGCUAAAAAGCGAAGCCUCUUCCGGAUUCACGCGGGACGCAAGCAGAGCAGCAAACUGGGCUUCCGGGACCGGAUCCGGAUGAACAACUCCCGCUCGGCGCAGACGAUCCGGAACAAGGCGUCGCCGCAGCCGCCGGGCCCGGCGGGCGUGCGGCGCUCGCCCAGCCAGGAGAACGUCCCCGAGGCGGGCAGCCCCGGGAAGGUCCAGAAGAGCUGGAGCUUCAACGACCGCACUCGCUUCCGGACGUCGCUGCGGCUCAAAGCCCGCCCGCCCGCCGACGCGGAGGUUCUGGGCGAGGACGGCCCGGAGGACAGAGGCUACUGCGACGUGGCCACCGACGAGGUCAUCCCCGCCGUCAAGACGCUCAUCCGAGCCGUCAGGAUUUUGAAGUUCCUGGUGGCCAAGAGGAAGUUCAAGGAGACGCUGCGUCCGUACGACGUGAAGGACGUCAUCGAGCAGUACUCGGCCGGGCACUUGGACAUGCUGGGCCGGAUCAAGAGUCUGCAGAUGCGGGUGGACCAGAUCAUCGGGCGAGGCGCCAUCCAGCCCGACAAGAAGGCCCGGCCCGAAAAGGGCGAGAAGACCUCGCCGGAACUGGACUCCCUGGACGAGCUGAGCAUGAUGGGACGGGUGGUCAAAGUGGAGAAACAGAUCCAGUCCAUCGAGAACAAGCUGGACCUGCUGCUGGGGUUGUACUCGCAGUGCCUGAAGCGAGGCUCGUCGUCGCAGCCGGCGCUGGCCUCGCUGCUGGCGCCGGACGCCGACCUGACGUCGGACUACCACAGCCCCACGGACCAAAGGGACCUCUUCCCCUCCGCCAACACGCUCUCGCAGUCCCACAGCGCCACCUUGGAGUGCUAGCCAGAAUCGCCGGCGGGUUUGGGGUUUUGAAGACGCCCGUGCACGCCUCUUGCGGGUCGCGCUAGCUUGCAAAAAAAAAAAAAUACGAGUCUCGAGGUACAACGAGUAGAAAUCGCACGACGGGAGGGGGGGGGGGGGGUGGUGGUGGUGGUCUCGAGGGGAAUCGAAACAAAGGUCCAAAGGUCCUCAAACCGGAACGGUCACCCCACGUUUCGCAUCGUUGCACGCCGGCGCCGUUGCAUGCGGUCCAAGAAGCUCGCUCAAAAUGGAGCCGCCGCCGCCAUUUUCUCGUUUGAGGCUCGCACGGCGAUUUGCGUUUUCUCGUUGUAAAUACGACCGCGUAGAGGAAAUGUACCAAAAAAAUUUAUUAUUAUUAUUUUUUUUUUUUUAGCACAAAAAGCACUAAUUGACUAGGAUUCUACUGGUCACAAUAUUAGGCACACCUGAGCAGUUUUCCGAAAUCUCCUCAAUUAAUCGCGAUGUGGCUCCUUAAUCAAUGAUUUUUUUAAUCAAGCAUAUUAACAUGAUUCAAUACUAUUUAUUUUUUCAACACCUUACCGUUAAUAAUAACACCCCAUAAAAAAAAAGUAUUUUAAUUAACUAUAUGCAUGAAAAGUGUUUUUUUUUUUCCAAUUUUUUUAUGAGGGCCUCCUAUUUAAUAAACACAUUACCUCCAAUAAUAAUCAUAAUAAUAAUAAAAAACACCUGGUAAUUUCUGAAUAGUAAAUAAUCAAUGGCCGUUGAUUAUCAUUGAUUACUAAUUCAGGAAAUGUUUUAAUGAAGUAUCAUGAACAUGAGAAAAUAAAAAUAUGCAUACUUGCUAUUUUGAUAAACACCUUACCUCGCAUAAUAAUAUUAAUAAUAAUUUGCACUAAAGUGAAUGAAUGAACUAUUAUUUAUACUCGGGGAAAGUUCCACACAAUUAAAAAAAAAAAAGUUAUGUAUAAAUGUCAGAAG